UGAUUGUUUUCCUCCUUCCACCAAGCUGGUUUGCAGCUCCCAUCAUCGAGGCACGUCUCGAACGCCGAUAUGCCUUUGUUCCCAUCCGACACUGGACUUUCCCAGAGCAAGUUGAAAGGCACAAUGCCGGUACAGCCGUCGAUGUCGACGUCGCCUGCGCUGAAACCGCCACCUUCUCUACAGGCCAAGAAUCGUCGGAAACGGUACCUCGAUCAGCAUCCAGAGUAUUUCUCUGCUGAUCUCGAGAUGGCUGACCCCUUGCUCUACGAUCGUCUGAUCAGGCGCUUUCAGAGUCCUGCGGAGAGAGAGGCUGAGGGGCGCGCCAAAGGAUUCUCAGGCAUACUACAAGCCGAUAUUCUACGGUCCGAAGCGAAGAUGGAUGCUCUUGCCCAUCCCGACCCAAACGCGAUGCUCAGCUACAGACAGGGCCCUCAUGGCGAGAUAGUGGCAGAGGACAAGGAGGACAUACCCUCCAACAAGGAAGAAGGGGAGAAGCGCUGGCGAUGGGAAAUGGAAAUGCGCUUUCUCAAGGGGGCCGAUUACGAUUUUGCCUACGAGAAUGUCGAUGAAAAUGAUGAAUAUGACGACUGGAAUGAGGCACAGGAACGGUACUUUGAUGAGGAGGAACCCGAAUGGAUUCUUGACGAGAGUAAGGAGCAACGCAAUGCGACAAAUCAGUUGACAGGCGAGACUGGGAUACAGGAUUUUUGAAGGCUGCAUGAUACCCAUUGUUGCAUCGCUGGCUCGGAGUGGCGAAACUCCAAACACUUGCUGUGACAGACUGUAACCCAAAAGUCAAGUCCAUCCUUGGCCUACAUUCAUAGUGAGGAGCAGCGAACCAGCGACUAACCCGGGUUUGUACGAUCCCAUCCUGCGAGCGGGGUCGUGGC